ACGGGCGUGUGAGCAACUCGUGAUGGGAUCUGACGCCACGAUCGAGGGGAUGCAGGUGGGGAAGGGUGGAUCAGUUGAGGUAGAGGCAGAGGGAGAGUGGUGGGACGCGGAAGUCAUCAAGAUCAAGAAUGGUCAGAUCAAGAUCCAUUACGUCGGAGGCUUGUCACAGGACGAUGAGUGGAUUCCUAUUGCCAGCUCCCGCGUUCGGCUUCCCAGGUCCACAGAGGCAGCAAAGGAAGGAUUGCCCAAGAAACGCGGAAGGUCUUCGCAGCAAGAAUCUGCUGAACCAGUACCGGUGCCGCACAAGCUCCCGUUCAAACUCCACACCAUGAAGACGCAUGACAAGGCCAAGAAGAAGCAGUCGAGAGGCUUGAAGAAGAUCAUUGAAUCAGAAGGCUUCGACAAGAUGUCAUUGGAAGUGGCCACGUAUUCGAGCAUUGAAGCUCCUCCGUCCAUCUUGCCCAGCAAGAAAUAUUGUGACCUGACCGGGCUGGGGGCGAGGUACACAGACCCGCAGACCAAGUUGAGAUACUUCUCGUC